AUCUUGAAAUCUGAUCUUUCUAUUUGUCUGUGUCUACAGGUGCGUCAUCGUCAGUCCGGCCAAAUCAUGGUGCUCAAAAUGAACAAGAUGAUGAGCAACCGUGCCAACAUGCUCCGGGAGGUGCAGCUGAUGAACAGACUUUGUCACCCCAAUAUCCUGAGGUUCAUGGGUGUGUGUGUGCAGCAGGGCCAGCUUCACGCCCUCACUGAGUACAUUAAUGGCGGUAACCUGGAGCAGCUGCUGCAGAGCGGGGAGCCUCUGUCCUGGACCGGCCGCGUCAAGCUGAGCCUGGAUAUCGCCCGAGGCCUGCGCUACCUGCACUCCAAGGGGGUCUUCCACCGUGACCUCACCUCCAAGAACUGUCUGGUGCGCUACGACGACAGCGGCUACACCGCCGUGGUGGCAGACUUUGGACUGGCCGAGAAAAUUCCGGAUCGCAGUCAGACGGAGCCGCUCUCGGUGGUGGGCUCCCCGUACUGGAUGGCCCCUGAAGUCCUGCGGGGGGAUGUGUACAAUGAGAAGGCCGACGUCUUCGCCUUUGGAAUCAUAUUAUGCGAGAUAAUUGCACGGAUCCCGGCGGACCCCGACUAUCUCCCCCGCACUGAGGACUUUGGCUUGGACAUCGUGAUGUUCCGGGAGAUGGUUCCCUCUGGCUGCCCCCCCGCCUUCCUGCCGCUGGCGGUCCGCUGCUGCCGGAUGGCUCCAGAGUCCCGGCCGUCCUUCUGCGAGGUGAGUCAGCGGCUUGAGGCCAUCCUGGACAGUAUGGACGCCCCAAUGUCUCCAAAGAAAGAGGUGAAAGAGCCGAAGACACCACAAAGAAGUGGGGGGAUAAGUUCUGAGCCAUCUGACCACAAGUGGACCUGGGAUCUCCCUACCCCUCCAGACCAGCGCUUGUCCCGGAGUCAGUCCGACAUGUUCUCUCCUCAGACACCACUGCCUCUGUGCUCUCAAGGCCCCUACUCAGACCUGUUACCCGACACUCCCGCCCGUUUCAAUCCCUUCUCACAACGAGAAGAUCUAAAGGGUGGGAGAAUCAAACUCUAUGACACCCCAAGCAAAUCUGUGAUUUCCCUCACCUUUGACCUCCCUCCACCAAUGUCCUACCAGCUGAGCAGUCCCAUAACUCCUGAGCCCAUGGUGGACGCUCAGUGUGAAUUUUCUGACUUGGCGAUGAGACCGAGACGUUGCAGAUCUCUUCCUUCCUCACCUGAAGUUGUACGUAGAGGCAGCCCUUGUCCUGUCACAACGCCAGUCCAAAGGAGCCAUCGAGAUAAGAGGGAGAGCGAUGACCUCUGGCACACACCAAGCAUCAGCGAUAGACACGCCUGUACAGUCAAUGGGUUUUUACCAGUCCAUGUACCAAAUUCUUUGCCCCCACAAAUCUCUCCCGACAAUCUGUCAGUACGUGUGAACUCUCCCAAAAAUCUGCAGUCCAGUGAGAUGACCACCUCUCUCAUGGACAAAGACUGGACCGUGAACAACAGCACCAAACACUGCGGCCCAGAAAGGAGAGCAAUACAGCAUGGUGACCCAGAGAUUCUCAGUGAGACACUAAGAGACUACAUGAAGGAGAUCUCUACAGAAGAGGGUGUCCUACACUGCAACACCAAAAAGACUGCAGGAAGGCCUCCGUGUGGAGAAAGUGGAUUUCAGGGGCAGAAAACCAUACAUUCUUCCACCAGUGUCCAUGAGUGGAAGGAUGAUCACUUCUCUCAGAAACUUCCUCUUCCAGGAGGCCUGCAAUCUCAAGAGAGAUCCCAGGACUGGAACAGAAAGUGGAAACCCGAUGGUGGAUCAUCAGGGGGUCAUCCUGAGCUGGACCACCCUGGUACUGGAGAACCCAUGGAUUGCUCAAGCAGUCCUGACAGCACAGAAGAGAAUACUUUCUGCAGAAGGCCUUCACUCUUACAAACCAAUGGAUCUCUUCUUGCUCUUUCCUCUCCUCCUCAGUCCUCAUCAUCUUCCACAGCCUCGUCUUCCCGAUCCUCUUCUCCCCCAGUCGGCACCUGGCAACUAGAGCCACAAGGUGUCCCCAACAGGGUGAGUCUCUCGGACAAUAACAAUGUAGUCAGCAGUAAGCCCAUCAGGUGGGUUGGCCUGCUGAAUCCACAUCCACUGGGUUCUCUGGAGGGUAAUUUAUGGGAUGCAAGUUUGCCUGGCCUCGGCUGUGAGGGUGCGGAGAGCGGUAGCAUGGCUCCUCUCCACGCAUCCUCCAGUUCUGUCCUGGACCCCGAGGAGACUGUGUCCUGUCCCGCCUGCUGUUUGGGGGGAUUUAGUUUCAUAUCAGUAUGCCGAAGAUCACCUCCAGAUACAUCCCGCUAUCAGAACCUGAACUGUGAGGCGAGUCGAGGACUCAUUCACACUGCACCGAGGCUCAGCACUCCUCGACCAGGACCCAGUAGGAAGCUUCCAGAAGCCCAGACUUAGUGCAUGGACUGAUGCCACGAGGUCUGUAAGGAUCAGCACGGCGUGGCGGCUUGGUUUACAUAACAUGGCGCUGCCAUGCGGUUCUCGUCUUUACUCAGCGUUUGCACUCAGCUUCAGCUCCUACUGGUCAGACGAGUGAAGACUUAGGAAAACAGUUUUUUUGUUAUAAAGCGUGUGCUGCACCAGCUUGGCUACGAUCGAGGGGUCCUCUGGGUCUAUUUAUGUCCAGCACAUUCAGAGACGCAGCCCUUAUCCCUACACUAUACAUGUCCCGCAUGUCCGUACAGUAACGGUGGCGGGGAACGGCAUGCCGUCUGCAGGUCUAUGGAGUUUACCACCCGUGCUCUUGUCAGGACAUGGGCAUCAGGCUGGGUAUAGCUCUGCCCAAACUAGUACACUGCAGAUCUCCUUUACAUCAUAGCAGCAGCUCGUCCUGCGCAGUGCAGCAGCAGCUCGUCCUGCGCAGUGCAGCAGCAGAAGCUCAUACAGUGCAGCAGUCACAGCUCGUCUUGUAUAGCCCGGCAGCAGUCUGUCUCGUACAGCGUGACAGCCGCAGCAGCUCAUACUGUACUAUGUGAUAACAGCAGCUCGCCCUGUACAGUGCAGCAGUCGCAGCUUGCCUUGUGCCGUGCAGCAGUCACAGCUUGUCUCGUACAGCGCGGCAGCAGUCCGUCUCGUACAGCGCGGCAGCGGCAGCAGCUCAUACUGUACUAUGUGACAGCAGCAGCUCGCCUCGUACAGCGCAGCCGCACCAGAUCUUGGUCUACAGGUCGUGUUAAAAACACUGGUAAGUGGAAUAUAAAUUGGAGGAAAGGAAUGUGACAAUCGAUCCCCACAUGUUGUCCCUUAAAACAAAGCCUUUUGGGUUACGGGUAUUUGUCCCCCAUGGGACGUGACCCUGUUUCCGCUAGUGUGGAUAAAUGGACUGAGGUAUGUUGCGCCAAGUGUCUCAGUAAGGGUACAGCAUGGUCGCUCGACAGCUGUUGCGGUCAGAUUCACAGAGUAGCAGGGAUCACAUAGACAUGAAUGGGAUGGCCGCACCAGUCGCAAAAAAAUCUACCAUUCAUUUCUAUGGGAUCGCUGCUACUCUGCCAAACUGGCCGCGACAGCUGUCACGCAACCAGUUUCGUAUCUGCCGGCCAUGGGCUGAUAAUCGAUGCCAUGAUGUGGAGGUUGGGGACACUUUAGUAUAAAGACAUUGGGAGAAUGGGGGUGAUGAUACUGAUAUAAUGCUCUUUCCGUCCUCUGAUCACACCUUCUCCAUGGAUCCUCACUUUACCUACAGGUGUCUGGAUGAACCUCCACAUGGUUUAUCCUGCAGUCUUGGUGAGAUCCCAUAAUCCUCAGCGCUCUGCUGCACUGCUUAGGUCAGGUUUUCCAUAGUCUUACAAGUUUUAAACACUACAUCUCCCAUAAUGCACUGCAGCAGAGAAUCUGUUUGACAUGUAAUGAACCAGCAUGGUCAAUUGGAAGUGUGAGGUGCUUCCACCUGCAAGCUGUCAGGAGAAAAGCAGAUUUGUGACUGCAGCUCUGGAUGUGACUAGAGUAUAACAUAAGUAAAUUAUUUAAUAAACAGGUGACUGCAGAGCAUUGAGCUUCCAGGAUCUUCAUUAGACAUGCCCCUGCAGAACAUU